AGUUUUCAUACUGUGAUUGCUCUGUUUUGGUUGUAUUGAAGGCAUAAGAGGAAGAAGAAGAAUGAAUAGCAACACGCCUCUCAGUGUGCCCUUGUCUGAAGACUUUUCGAGGUUUGCAGAGAGCACCACUGAUUCACCGACGAGUUCUCUCGAUCAUCAGUUUGACUCAAACUCUCCCUUUGGUAUGACCAAGUUUGACGAGACAAAUUUUGGGUAUACAUUCAACUCGUCGCUCCAGAAUGGCAUCACAACGAACCCGCCAGGGUCCCGCUCGAAAAGACAGAAGAAAACUACAAGGACCAGGCCUUGUACGUGUUGUCGUAGGAGAAAGACCAAAUGUGUUGUACCACCGAACUCCAAGAUAUGUCUGGAGUGUGCAAAGAGAAACAUCGAUUGUACCUUUGACACACCAGGCGAUGAAUUAUCCAGUAUAAAGAGCUUGAGAAUAUGUGAUAAUUGUAACCACAGAAGAACUACAUGUGUUGUGCCCAAGGGUUGUUCCAUGUGCACGGAGUGCACUCUAAGGGACCUUCCCUGCAAGUUUAGCGAGAUGGUGAAUUCCAACGCAAAGAUAAGAACGAAUAUUCCAAUAACAGAUUAUGAUGAAUACCAAGGCCACACGAUGUUGAAAAAGACCUUAUCCUUACAAGGUCCGAAAUCUGCCAAACUGAUUGGUGAGUCGUCUCUUAUCGACAAGCGAUUGAUCAAUUUCAAUACUGAGACGAUGCCCUCACCGCCUGAAGGUCAUUCUCCAACGUUUGUACUGAAGAAGGAGCAGAUACAGUACUCAAUGGCCUCCAAAUUGAGGAAGAUUAAUGACGAAACCAUCUUUCGGAUCGUCAAUGACAAUGAAGAAUACAUCAAGCUGUCGUACGCUCAAGUUGAUGAAGUUGAAAAGAUUGUCUAUCCACAUGGAUUGGCAUUGCUCAAUUUGUUCUUUGACAGGGUCCAUCCCUUGUUACCUGUAUGCUCGAGGUCCGUGUUUCUUGAAAAAUACUCUAGAACUCAGAGGGAGUUUGAACCAAUGAACUUGGCAAUGGUAUACCUCCACGCUAUCAACUAUUGGAACCUGAACCCUGAUUUAAGCAAUUUGGAACUUCCAAACUAUGAAAAGUUGGAGAGAUUGGUGUUGAUCCUAUACUCUGACCAACAAAAUCUUAUGCAUUCUGCUCCUAAACUUUCCACGUGCCAGGCGUUGAUCUUGAUGAUGCAUUACAACUUCAAAGGCUUGAACUCCAAUAGCACUCCACUGUUUGAGAAGGAUGAUAACUGGAAAAAAGUCAACCAGAUAGUGACUAUAGCCGAGGAAUUGGGCUUGAAUCACAGUAGUGACGAAUGGUAUACCAUUCCUAAGUGGGAAAGGCGUAUCAGGAAGAUCUGUUCUUGGGCUCUAAUCAUGCUGGAUAAGACAUUUGCACUGUUAGAAUCGAGGCCAACACGGAUCUCUGCUGAUAACUGGGUUCUAAACGAGUUGGAAUUUGACGAUUUCCUCGUGGAACAAGAUGAGGAGGUUUUUAUCGAAAAGACUGAUGGUGAGAACUUUGUUAUCAACCGUGGAACGACCUCAAUGACUCCUUACAAGGCGGAAUUAUCACUCUUUGGAAAUCUAAUCUUCACCAAGAUGGUUCACCUGUCGUAUCACUAUAACGAUGCUUUAACGGCGAUUUACAAUUGGAAAUCUAUAAAAUUUGACGAUCUGACAACGGUUUACGAAAAAUGUCAGGGUCUCUUGAAAUCAUUAACGUUAUGGUAUAACUCGAUGCCGUCUCAGGUUAAGGAGGUUCAGAUUGUCGGUAGUCAGAUCUCAUCUGUAUCGUUGGUUCUAUCGUAUUACCUGUUACAGUUUCUAAUCCAUAGAAGGAUAAUUGACUCAUUCCUGGACAGUGAGCACAUCUUAACAGACGACCAACUGCAUAUGUUCAAGGUUCAGUUCAAACAGACGUGCUCACUACUCGUUGAGUUCAACGAGAACUUUAUGAAGAGGUUGACAAACGAACACUUCACAAACUGUUUCUGGUACGCAACCACCACCAUGGGAUUCACACACCCUGCAAUUGUGUAUCAACUGAUGAUAAAACUCACCAAGGAGGAGCAUUACAUCGACGACCAAGUAUCCAGUGAGCAGUUGGAAAGUGUGUACCGCACCUAUAUCGAGUGUCUAAGGGCGUUCGAGCCAGUCUCUCCAAACGUUUCAAGAGCUCUGGAUCACAUACAGACCUAUUUGAUGGACUAGCUCACGACAUCUUUCAAAUCUCUCCUACAUCCCACUAUCUUUCAGUGAACAACAAACCGUUGAUGCUCCC